AUGUUAGACUGGCCUUUCUGUGUAGGCCUUAUUAUUCGUCCCUCAUCGUUGGCCUGCAGAAUACGAGGCUCAGCAGCCCAGAAUGAAUUAGUAACCGCAUCUAUUGCCUGUUUAAAGCCUUUACUCUUAUCCAGAAGACAAGCAUGUAGCCAAAUGGAGGGUAGAUCAGAUGCUGAGAGCGUCGAUUCUCAGAUCUCUGGCAGUUUCAAAGCUCCAAGGACUUCAAGGUUGGACAACUUAGAGAAGAGCAAUAUGGAAUUGAAGAACAUGGCUGCAUCUCUAUUAGAAAAAUUUGAUACGUCCAAGUUCCCGGCUUUUUAUAGAUUCUUGGAAAAAGACAAGGGAAAUUUAUCGUCGGCUGCAUCUGAAGGUUCAUAG